AUGGGAGCGUUAUUUGGUAAACGCGGCCAUGAAUGGACAAAGAUGUUGACAUCAGGUCAAACUUUUACAGACAAUUGUAUCAAGGGGAUGUCUGAAGAAGUCAACAAAGCAAGCAGUCACAAUGUAAUGCAGUUCGACUGGGAGAGAUUCUAUUUUAUGGUGGCCGAAAGAAUAAACCGCAACGAUGGUCGACCAACUGAUACUUAUGGUGUUGAUUUACGAAAACGUAUCUGUGAUUGUGGAAAAUUUCAAGCGUUUCAUUUGUCUUGCUCACAUGUUAUUGUAGCAUGUGAAAGUAUAUGCCAAGACUACACCAUUCACAUACCAGACGUGUUCAAGAUUCAACAUGUUUUUAAAGUCUACCAAGAAAGUUUCCAAAUCCUCCCACAUCAAGACAAUUGGCUGCAAUAUAGAGGAGCUACUCUUUAUCAUGACGAGACUAUGCGUAGGAAGAAAAAAGGUCACCCAAAUAGUACUCGGAUUAGAACCGGAAUGGACGACGUGGAAAAGGAAAAGAGAAUGUGUGGGAUCUAUCGUGAAGUAGGCCAUAUCCGAAGUAAAUGUCCAAAUGUAGCCGGCCCGUCUAAUAGGCCAUAA